GUAGUUAUUGCUGUCUGAAGCUUUCCGUAAAGUAAGAUGCAAUCUGACUGCAAUUUACGCGCACACGCACGGAAUAAAUAAAUAAUAAUAAUAAAAAAAAACACUUUAUCGUCAACUGGACUCGUAUCCCGUUAUUCAAAUCAUAUACUGAAUUAAACAGCAGACGCGUUGCUAAAACACAUACAAAACACAGACUGGCGGGCGGGAAUAUUGACCAGCAGUCUAUUGUAAAAACCACCGUGUCUUUAAAGACCGCCCCCAUCCCAGAGUGGAGGCUCGCGUUAUUUGGCUCAUCCCCCGCAUAUUCCUUCUGUCUUGAGUAAGUUAGUGCUGCACCCUGCACUCGCGUCACGGAGCGCUGUUCGACCCCACGAACCAACCGUCACAGGAGCGAACCUCGCGCUGUUUGGAUUUUCCAUUGAUCGCACGUCCUACAACACCAGCAGCAGCUACCUGUUUCCUCCUCGCUUCAAGCCAGCGAGCCACCGGAGGGCGCUGUGAGUGUGCCUGUCCCUUCAGGGUCCGGAGCCGGUGCUGGCAGAGCCCCCUGCUGUCCACUGCAGGAUUUGCCUGUCUGCUGGGAUUCAGGCAGAAAGAGAACGGUCCUUGCAUGCGCAUCUGGCGUCGGGACAGGGAUUUAAAAGGUGCUGUUUCAGUCCCCCCCUGCGAUGCUCUCCUCCCCCCCCUCCCCCUCUCACUGCCGGCAUGUGAUGCAGCAGCUGUGUGCCCAGCUGGAGUUUGGCUUCCUGUGUGACGUGAUCGUGAGCGUGGGGGAGGUGCACUUCCGCGCGCACAGGGCCGUGCUGGCGGCCUGCAGCGGCUUCUUCCAUAAGCUGUUCGUCACACAGCCCGUGCUGGCUGAGCACACACACUGCAGCUACGCCCUGAGCUCCUCCACCGUGAGCCCGCAGCACUUCGACGCCAUCCUGCAGAUGAUGUACCAGGGGCCCCAGGGAGAGGGGGGCCACACCGACCCCGAGCUGGGGGCAGCCAUGGCCUUCCUGGAGUUCUACGACACCCCCCCUGCUUCACUGAAAGCACGGGAGAACGGGAGAUUGCAGGGUCUUCUGUACGGAGUGGAGUCUCGCAGGCCGGAGGGAGAGGGAGAGGGAGAGGGAGAGAUGGAGGAGGGGGAGGUGGUAGGGCAGAGCCUGGCCGUCCGAGCCCUGGAUCAGGACUGGAAGCCGGGCUUUCUUUACUCGUCCUCCGGGGAGAAGAUGCAGAGGAGGAAGGGGGAAGAGGGAGAGGUGGAUGGAAUGGCAGAGGGAGGAAAGAACCAUUCCUUUUCUUCUUUUUGCUCCUCUCCUUUGUCAUCCUCUUGUUCUUCCUCCACCUCAAGCUCCGACUCACCCUCCCUGCCCCGCUCCCCUUCCCCCAGCAGAGUCCCGGCCCCUUUGAAGAGCGAGGCCCCCGAGAGCCCCGCAUUCCUGGCGCUCCACGGCAUCAAGGUGGUGCAGGUGAGCUCCGAGGCUGGAGCCCGAGCUGCCAGCACUGGCACUGCUUCACACACAGGCUACCUCCCAGAGCUGCCCCUAAUAAUCCAGUCGAACCCGGAGCUCUCCUCCUCCCCUAAGGCAGUGUCAGCAGGGGCAGGGGGCUUCAGGCAGUGGGCCUGGGCUGGCAAGAGCAUGCUUCUGAAGACCGAGGAAGGAGGCUCCCUGUCCCCUCUCCCCAAGCCGACCCUCACCCCCCUGUCUCCUCCCUGCCCUAGGAUGCCCUCUACCUUCCCCUGUUCUCGCUGCGAGCUGAGCUUCGACACCAGCCAGGGUCUGGAGGAGCACCUGCUGGGCUGCGGGAGGGAGAGGCCGGCCCGGAGACGGCGGGUCCCCAGGAAGCUCCAGCACAGCCCCUCACCCCCCUUCCAGACCCUGCCCCGGACGAUCAAGCAGGAGCCCUGCUCCAUGGAGGUGGAAGUGGAGCUGGAAGUGGAUGGGGUGCCGCCGGCCCCUGACCAGCACACCCCCGAGCAGUCCUGCAGGACCUGCGGGAAGCACUUCAAGAGAGUCAAGAUGCUGCAAACGCACCGGCCACGCUGCCCUAUGCUGCUGCAGAGCGCGGGCCGGCCGCGCUCGGAGGACAGGAACCACGUGUGCAGGACCUGCGGCAAGGCCUUCCUGCAGAGGGGCCACCUGACGGAGCACGAGGCCACGCACAGCCAGGUGAAGCGUUUCUCCUGCAGCCACUGCGGCAAGCAGUUCGUGAGGCGGCGGGAGCUGAAGGUCCACGAGGCGCGCCACGAGGGCCAGGCCUCCUACCACUGCCAGUUCUGCGGCCAUGCCAGCUACCGCAAGAACGGCCACUACCACCACCUCACCACGCACCUCCUCCCUCCGCAGGCCAUCUGCCAGGCCUGCUUCCAGAUCUGCGAGAACCCCACCCAGCUCCUGGAGCACGAGAUGGAGCACCGGCACACGUGUGAGCAUUGCGGGGCCAAGUACAGGCUGAAGAAAGAGCUGAUACUGCACUACAUGGACUGCCAGGGGCUGAGAGAAGACUGGCCCUAGAGUGGGAGCUGGCACUGCACUCAUCUCUGUGUGUUUGGAAUGCAGGCAACUCCAGACUAGUUCAGCAGAUUAGAUGGUAAAAAAAAUCAAAUGUGAUUUUUUUUUUUUUUUGUAUUCUUUAGUUUUUAUUUUUGUAUAUACUUCCAGGGCUAUGUUUAUUAUUAUUGUAAGCUAUUUUCUAGUAGUUAAACACAUUGCAUUCUUCCAGCAUUCAUACCUAAGAAGCAUUGUUUUGAUUCGCUGAGAAUGAGCUUAAGCUUCAGCAGAUAUACUGCCCCUGUAUGGAGUAGGGGAAGCUUGCAGCGAUUUCAAUGUAGUUGCAGUGAUUCGGUUUGACCUCCUUCUUUAAAAGGUUUUGACGGCUGCUCUUUACCUCUAUGGAGGGAGAUGAAAAGUGAUAUUGAUUUUUCUGUGAAAAACAUACAGUAAAUAAAUAUGAAACUAAACAAA